AACGGCACACGGAGUUAUACCUAUGGACAAACACAGCACACUUGCCUCACCAUGCGACGAGUUCGAUCGGAUUCGUUGCCGAUGUCACGGUCAACCGACGCGAGAAGAGAAACGAUGAUACUCGGCGAAAGCCGAGUCGAGGAACUGUGCGAGAGCUCGCGUGAAAAAAGCAGGUCGCACGCGAGCGAACGUAACACACGUACGCGUAUGUAUCUACGUACGAGUCACGACGCGAUGCGCGUUCUCGUCGUAUUGUCUCGAUGCGUUUCUGACAGACGGACAGACCCGAGAGGAUUUCGCGUACGUACGCAUCGUAAUGCAACGCAACGCAACGCGAUGCGAACGCGCGGUUCGGCCGCGACGCUCAGAAUUUAGGCGGAUCCCGGGUACGGUUGACAGCUCCCCGUAUCUGUCACUUCGGCCAUCUUGCGCUCGGGGGGGCGAUCUUCGGGCAAAGCUCGCGCGCAUGCGCGCGCGCGCCACCUGUCGUGGCAACAGUAAACUAAGGAGGCCGCCAUGUUCGGUGGAAUGAGUGUCGCAUGUCGCGGAUCGCAGUGCGCGGUUUGUAGAUUUUUGCAAGAUUUGAAAGGGUUGGUUUCUUAAUUUUACGAUGACAUUGUGUUUCGACCUUGAGUUGAGAUCCAUUGGUGCAAAGUUUGCUCGAAACUUAAGGAAGAGUGGUUUCCGGAGGAGUUUUCACUUUCGAUUGUACGUAACUAGAUUCUCAAUGUUUGAGCGGCCAGAUUUUUUAAACAUCUUCAGGCGCUUGCGCGGGACGCAUCUCACGCUCAUCUGUACGUGAGACGCGAGACGCAUAUGACGCACUCGUUUGAAUGGACGCGUAUCGUAAUGCGUGUCACGGCAUGUAAAAUACGCACGUGCUUCAAGCUUCAUCGGUCAAAGAUGCGUACGUACCGCGCAAUUGACGAAUGGCGUGAUAAUCCACUGACACAUGUCGGUCAACUCGUCAACGUGACGAUGCGCGGACUCAUGAUCAAGCUUGAUCCAUAUUCGAAGAAAGAAAUCACCGGCGACACAAUGCGUGCACAUACGUACCUGUCAACAAGAAGACAGAAGUGUUCCAGCUUUCUAAUGCGUAUCGGUGUGCGAUUCAACGUGAGCGCUCAGCUGGAAAACGGAGGAUCGAGAAUAAUAUCAAAAUAUAUGAGGGCUUCUCCUCGCCACAGACGGUCUACGAAACAAAAAUUAACGACAGUCCUGACAAAUCACGCGCGCAUCCAAAAAAGGAGAAGGCAAUCGAAAACUUGAUACUAAGACAUGUCACGGCGAUCAUCUAACAAGGAGCCAGUCGAAAUGACUUGAGUCACGACCCGCACAACUCGGAGACGGUCAUCAGUAACCAGGUAAGUGAUUAUACUUGCGGG